UCAGGUCCCUAACCUCCUGGACCUGCUGCCUGGCCCUGGGUCCCGCCCCGGCUGCUGCAGGAGCAGACCCAGGAACCAGGCCGAACCUCGAGAAGCCGAAGCCGAGGGAAGGGGAGUCGCCGGGCUUCAGGCUUCGGAAAGAAGCGAGGCAGGAGAAUCGGUUCUGGAAGGAGGGGGUGAGGUGGGCGGCCCCGAGGGCUCCAAGGGACGCUGUGAUCAUGGACGCCGUUGCCAGGAGACCGCGAGACGCCGUUGCCUGGAGACCGCGAGACGCCGUUGCCCGGAGACGGCGCCCCCCACCCCAACCUCCCGCGGCCGGAGCCCGGAGUGCAGGGAGCAGGAGCCCGACCCCGCCGAGCCCCGCCGCCCUGGCGCGCCGCCCGCAGGAGCCGCUGAUGCCCGAUGAGGUCCACCAGAACCAGAUCCUGCGGGAGGUGUAUCUCAAGGAGCUUCGAACCCAGAAACUCUCCACAGAGUAUCACGUGAAUCCCCUCCGCAAGGUUCACACAAUCACCAGAAAGCCCAUGUCUUGGCAUGAGAACCUGGAGGAACCUGCAGAUGCCAGGUUCCUCAAUCUUAUCCACCAUGCCGCUCAGGGGCCACGGAAGAAAUACCCAGACACGCAAACAGAAAGCCAAGAAAUUGGAUGGGACUCUGAGCCCUUGGUCAGCCCGGAACGUGAUGACCGCAGGCUGAACCAUUUCAGGGUGCACAGCGAUAUCACGCUCUACAAGGCCAAAGUGUGGAGCUUGGGAGAAGAUGAUCGCCACACAUAGUGUUCAGCGCCCACCUCAGCCUCGUUCCUGAAACCCAGCCUGUGUGCUGCAUGGAUAAAUAAAGAUGACUUUCAAGUGUCAAUCGGACCUUUCCUUUGUGGAGUCUCACAUUUUUCUGCCUGCAUGCACUGGUUCAAAUCCUUAAUCUUGGGGAUUCCUGGGUGGCCCAGUGGUUAGCACCUGCCUUCGGCCCAGGGCGUGAUCCUGGGGUCCUGGGAUCGAACGCCACAUCGGGCUUCCUGCGUGGAGCCUGCAUCUCCCUCUGCCUGUGU